UUAGCCAACAACAGAUACAGAUAGACACACAAAUAAAAUCACACUCAUUCUCAUUCGCAUGGCCUAAAAGGUGACAACUUUAUUCCGAUUUCAUCAUUUUCCUGCAAAAACACAACUACCCAUUCUCUUGAAGUAGUAUUUUAACAACACCAGAUAGAAAUGCCAAUUAAUUUCAAAGAAUUUCAAGAAAAUAUUUCAACAGGUUUAAGACCAUGGCAAAGGUCCUUUGAAUUCUGGGCCAGAGCUGUUGAUAUCUACACUGGUUAUAAGGUGUUUCAGGUUCGAGUUAGUUUUGAGAAGGAUGUGGAAAAAGCAGAAGCAAUGUGGGAGAGACAACAUGAGCAUGCAGCUGAUAAAGUUUAUUCCAUGUGCUCUGAUAUGGGGGGAUUUUUUCUCAAGAUUGCUCAAGUUCUCGGGAAGCCUGAUUUAGCACCAGCUCCAUGGGUGAGGAGGUUAGUCACCCUAUGCGAUCAAGCUCCUGCGACUCCAUCUAACAUGGUGCAACAUGUUCUCGAGAAUGAGUUAGGUAAAAGCGUGGAUGAGAUUUUUGAAAGGUUUGAUUCGGACCCAAUUGGCUCUGCUUCAAUUGCACAGGUUCAUCGAGCAAGGCUAAAAGGUGAUAAAAGUGAUGUCGUUGUCAAGGUACAACAUCCCGGUGUUCAAGAUUUGAUGAUGACAGAUCUUCGGAAUUUGAAAGCUUUCGCAUUAUGUGUUCAAAAGACUGAUGUCAACUUUGAUUUCUUCUCAGUGUGUAAAGAAAUGGAGAAACAGAUAGGGUAUGAAUUCGAUUUUACAAGAGAAGCCGAUGCCAUGGAUAGAAUUAGAACUUUUCUUUACAAAGUUAACCGAAAGACACCUGUUAAAGUGCCACGGGUUAUACGAAAUGCAGUCACCAGGAGGGUCUUGCUAAUGGAGUAUAUAGAUGGGGUCCCGAUACUGAAUCUCGGAGAUGAAAUUAUGAAAAGAGGAAUAAAUCCAGAUGGUAAGAUGGCAGCAGCAGCAAAGCAGAACAUUUUAAAAAGUCUUACUCUUGCAUAUGGCCAAAUGAUACUCAAGAGUGGAUUCUUUCAUGCAGAUCCUCAUCCCGGAAAUAUUCUUAUUUGCAAAGGGUCAGAGGUCGCCUUGCUUGAUUAUGGACAAGUGAAAGAUCUUCCAAACACUUUGAGGCUCGGUUAUGCAAAUCUGGUUCUUGCUAUAGCUGAUAAGGAUCACACUAGGGCGUCAGAUGGAUUCCGGGAACUUGGCAUAGAAACCUUAACCAUGUGUACUGAUGAAAAGGCAGAACUAUUUAAGUUGGCUCAGGUAAUGUUCGAUACCAAGAUGCCAUCUGGAGUGAAAGUGCUGCAGCCAUUCUCAGAAGAUGCGUCAAUAAAGAAGGUUGCCGUUCAGGGUUUUCCGGAGGAACUGUUUUCUGUUCUACGUACAGUGCAAUUGUUGAGAGGGCUUAGUGUCGGGUUAGGAAUCAACUACUCGUGUGCUGAGCAAUGGAGACCAAUUGCUGAAGAAGCGUUGUAUCUUGCCGGCAGGCUAAAAGAAGAGGAUAUGAAGACGAGAGAACGAAGUAAACGAGGCUUUUUUAGAAGAAUAUUGUGGUGGUGAAAAUGACUCGCGAAUUAUUUGUUGUAAAAUCCAUCCAUUUAUUUUUGAAUUUGCAUAAGCUCUGGUAGCAAUUAUUUUUAUGUGCAUCAUUUCAACAUCUUAAUGAGAAAUUUCUCUUAAUUGUUUCAAGCA